GAGUAUAUAAAUUGAAGGACUAAAUCUCAAUUAUCAAUAUAUCAAAUUUCCCUAUGGCAAUCCAUAUCAUCUUCCUCCUUUUCUCUCUCUGCAUUUUAUCAACCUCAGCUAAUGUUUUUGUGAGCAUCGACUGCGGAUCGUCGAAAACAACAUACACCGACGAAAAUCUGAUCGCGUGGACAGGAGACGAAGCCUACAUGCAAAACGGGGAAUCGAAAGUUGUCGGAACAAGCAACUCCGUAUCCCCUGUAAUGGACACACUAAGAGUUUUCACUACUCGUAAAAAGAAUUGCUACUCGAUCGAAGCUAGCAAGGGCGAAAGGGUAAUUGUGCGUGCUAGUUUUUUCUACGGGAACUACGACGGGUUGUCUUCGCCGCCGUCUUUCGAUCUCCACUUCGACGGGAACUAUUGGGUGACCGUCGACACUUCGGGUGCGGAGUAUGCUUAUUACGAGGCGACUUAUGUUACGAGAUUGGAUUAUGUGAGUGUUUGCGUUGCUCAAACGAAACCCGGUCAAUUCCCGUUUAUUUCGGCUAUUGAAGUUCGUAGCGUGGAAUUGACAAUGUAUAGCAAUAUUGGUGAUCAAGAUUAUCCCCUUCAUUUGAUCAAAAGGGUUGCUUAUGGUGCCAAUGAAACUAUAAGGUACAUAGACGACCCUUACGACAGAUUAUGGACACCAGCAGUAGGCAAAAACGGGCUAAUCAACGUACCAAGCGACACUUUCCUCGCCACAACAACAGCACUCGACCAACCUCCCACUCCAGUUCUCCAGAAUGCAGUUACUGCAGUUACACCCACGACAACAAUCCAGUUGCUCGUGGGUUCGUUCCCUCCAGUUGGAGUUCCCGUCUACUUGAACAUGUACUUUUCCGAAGUCGCUGAGCUGGACGCAACCACCCAAAAGAGAUCCUUUCAAGUUCUUAUGGAUAACAAACCGCUAUUGGACCAGCCCUUGGUCCCGCCUUACGGGGACUGCACGGAACUGUACGCUAGCAACCUCACCGUUUCUUCGAAUACGAGUUUUACAUUAGUGCCUACCGAUGACUCGACUCUCCCCCCUCUCAUCAACGCUAUGGAAGUUUUCCUUAUCGGAGAUUUGCUUACGGAUGGAACUAACGGCAAAGAUGUGGAAGGAUUAUCUUCGUUGCAAAAUGCUUUUGCUACACUACAAGAUUGGGGUGGGGAUCCUUGUCUGCCGGCGCCUUACUCGUGGGACUGGAUCAACUGUAGCAGCGAUCCUGUGCCGCGAGUAACAGCAUUGUAUCUUAGUAGCUUUGAUCUAACAGGGGUGGUUCCAGAUUUUAGUACAAUGGAUGCACUUGAAACAAUAGAUUUUCAUAACAACAGCUUAGAAGGGCCAAUCCCUGAAUUCCUUGCCACAUUACCUAAUCUUAAACAACUGAAUCUGGCAAGCAACCAAUUCAGCGGCCCUGUACCGGAUUCUUUGUCGAAGAAAAACGGCCUAAAUUUAGUGGUGACAGGUAAUCCUGGUUUGUGCAAAUCAGGAAACUCAUGCAAGAGUUCUUCUACACCAACCAAUAAUAAUAAUCCAGGAAUUGGGGGAUCUAAUAAUAAUAAAAAGAAGAAAAAUAAAUUGGGUUUAAUAAUUGGAAUCACAGUUCCAAUUUUUAUAAUAAUAUGGGCUGUAUUUGGAUUCAUUCUUAUAUUGAAACACAAGAGAAGAAAAACUGCUGCAAUUAGCUCAGGAGGAGCAAACAUGCCACAAACAUCAACAACAAACCCUCAAAUAAUAGGUGGAGUGGGUGAUUCAAUUAUGAACGAAAUCAAGCUAAACAUGUACGAUAAAGACGACGAUCAAACAAAUCAGCACGCAAAUAUUGGAACUACUUCGAGUUAAUUACUUAAGUUGCAUUUUUGUUAAUUUAAAAACGCAGACGUUCAAGUUUUUAUUUUAUUUUGAGUUUGUAGAGUAUUGUUUAGAGAUUGUAAGCUUGCCCUUGUGAUUUUCUAUAAGAUUCAUUCUUUAUUAAUUACCUCAUUUUGGACUA